AUGAGGGUGCCCGUGCCGGGUCCGGCGGCCGGCCGCGAGCCCUCGACGCCCGGAGGCGGAGGCGCCGUCGCUGCCGCCUCAGGCGCCGCGGUGCCGGGCUCGGUGCAGUUGGCGCUGAGCAUCCUGCACGCCCUGCUCUACGCCGCGCUCUUCGCCUUUGCCUACCUGCAGCUGUGGCGGCUGCUCCUCUACCGGGAGCGGCGGCUGAGUUACCAGAGCCUCUGCCUCUUCCUCUGUCUCCUGUGGGCAGCGCUCAGGACCACCCUCUUCUCCGCCGCCUUCUCGCUCAGCGGCUCCCUGCCCCUGCUCCGGCCGCCCGCUCACCUGCACUUCUUCCCGCACUGGCUGCUCUACUGCUUCCCCUCCUGUCUCCAGUUCUCCACGCUCUGUCUCCUCAACCUCUACCUGGCGGAGGUUAUAUGUAAAGUCAGAUGUGCCACUGAACUUGACAAACACAAAAUUCUGUUGCAUUUGGGCUUCAUAUUGGCAAGCCUUCUUUUUUUAGUGGUGAACUUGACUUGUGCAGUGCUAGUCCAUGGAGAUGUCCCAGAGAAUCAAUUGAAGUGGACUGUGUUUGUUCGAGCAUUAAUUAAUGAUAGUCUGUUUAUUCUUUGUGCCAUCUCUUUAGUUAGUUACAUAUGCAAAAUUACAAAAAUGUCAUCAGCAAAUGUCUACCUCGAAUCAAAGGGUAUGUCUCUGUGCCAGACUGUUGUCGUAGGCUCUGUAGUCAUUCUCCUCUACUCUUCAAGAGCAUGUUAUAAUUUGGUGGUGAUCACCAUAUCUCAGGAUACAUUAGAAAGUCCAUUUAAUUAUGGCUGGGAUAAUCUUUCAGAUAAGGCUCAUCUAGAAGACGUAAGUGGAGAAGAGUAUGUAGUAUUCGGAAUGGUCCUCUUUCUGUGGGAACAUGUCCCAGCAUGGUCGGUGGUACUCUUUUUCCGGGCACAGAGACUGAACCAGAAUUUGGCACCUGCUGGCAUGAUAAAUAGUCACAAUUAUAGCUCCAGAGCUUACUUUUUUGACAAUCCAAGACGGUAUGAUAGUGAUGAUGACUUGCCAAGACUGGGAAGUUCAAGAGAAGGAAGUUUAUCAAAUUCGCAAGGUUUGGGCUGGUACGGCACCAUGACUGGGUGUGGCAGCAACAGCUACACAGUGUCCCCCCACCUGAACGGACCUAUGACAGACACUGCUCCUUUGCUCUUUACUUGUAGCAAUUUAGAUAUGAGCAAUCGCCAUAGCUUGUACGUAACACCACAAAACUGACAGUAUUACCAAGCCGUGAUUCUUCCAUUGUUUUCAUGAACGUGUAUAUUCGAUGUGUUUAAAUGCCAUCUACAUAAACAUUCCAUUAUCUGUUGCAACGGAAAACAAAGCCUGGAAAUGUGGUUUAGCAGAGAACACACCUGUUACUUUUGACAUCUCCAUAGCAAAAUGAAGUAAACUGGGAAGUUUGGAGUGGGAGAAAAGAAGGAUUAGAUCUUAAGGCGCUUGAUGGCUGCAAAUCUCCUGAUUUUGGAACAUCAAAUGCAUAUUUGCAUAUUUGCACUUUUAUCUUUGUUCUGAAAGAGUACACUGCAGUCCCCAAAGCCACACUCUGGUGUUCACACUGGGAUAUUAUAUUGUACAAAUUAGGAGGAAAUUUCCCUAUGAAAAUCAAAGGCUGUAUGUUCAGAGGUGUAUUCUAUGUGGAAUUCCUACCCAAUAGAAAUUUUACAGUGUGAACAGUGCGCAGGAUUAAGGCAUAACAACGUACCAUUCUUUUUAAAAAUCUACUUAAAAAUAUGUAAUCACUGAAGAUAGUUCUUUUAAGCAUGAUUGUAAAAUGCCAACCGAAAUUAUACAAUCAUUUUUUUAAAUGACAGUAGUAAUCCUUUACAAUGAUGACCAGCAGUGUUCUUUGGAAAGCCAGUCAUUUCUUCAAGAAGAAAGCAUACCAGUGAAAAUGAUGUGGCUACUUUGAGUAGAAUUGGUCAAGUGAUCAUUUUGUGUGAUUAAGAUAUGCUCGAGUAGUUUAAGCAUGGCUCUUCAAGAAAGCAAUACUGAUUCUUGCAUAGGGAGAUUUUGAUAGAAACUUCUAGGGACUAAACACAUUUACAGAUGCAUUUAAGAAUUAUUAAUAAAAUGUACAAAUCUAAGUUAAAACACGAAUACAUUUCCAAAAGCAUUCGAUCUAGCUGAACAAGACACAGCUGAUCAUACCUAUUGAAUCAGGAUUGUCCUCAGGUAAAUUAAGUCAUGAUAUAUUAUUGCAGCAAACUCAAGUGCAAUAUUUUGUAAGACAUAUAAUUCCUACUUUAGUUUUCCCAUUUUUAUAUCUUGUAUAUGGGCAAAGCCAAAUUAAAUUUAAUUCAAAUUAAUUCCAGCACUAGACUAAAUAAGAAAACUGAUGUAAAGGUACUAACUAGGUAAGUACAAAGCCAGUGUUUAACAAUAUUGGAAUACUUCUAGAAUUAUAUUAAAACUGUCUUGAAUGUCUUAUCCCAAAUCUAAAAUAUAUAUAUAUAUAUAUAUAUAUGUAUAUAUG